AUGACACCCCGUCUUAACCUAUUCACGGCCAGAGCGGCAUCUGCUCUGCGCCAAUCCACCACUCCCGCGCUCGCUUCCCGCAGCAUCGCCAGCCCUGCCCGAUUCCGCGCCAUCCAACCUAUUCAGUGCCGAUGGAACUCUUCGCGCGAUGGCUCAAAGAAGGUUGAGCCCCAGCCUGACGAGCAGACUUUCCCAACCUCCGACCAAUUGCCCGAUGUCAGUGAGGAGGCGAACGAGAUCUCGCGGAUCAUGGAUAAGGAAAAGCGGUGCGACGGUGUUCCGUCCACCCCGGAGUUGGAUCAAGGCACACCGGUCGAGGAGAUCCUCAGCCGCGACAAACAGGCCAUGAAGCACAUGCCCAAGGUCAUGCAGGACGAACUGAAGAAGUCGGGCACACGCUCUUUCUCUACUUCAGCUCGCAGCCGCAUUCCCGAGAUUGAGAGCUCCGUGCCAGGCCCCGAAGGCGCCAGUGCGGAGGCCACUGCUGCUCUUGCCGAUAUGAUCAGACAGGCCCAAUCGCCCCUCGUUGAAGAGAACCUCGACUUGAAGUUCGACGAGCCCAUCCUCCCCCAGAACAUCAAGACCUUGAGCUACCGCCAGCGGUACGAUACUCUGCAGGAGCAGUUCACCAAGCAGAUGAUGGUGGAUGGCAAGUUGACCAAGGCCCAAAAGAACAUGGAAUUCAUCCUGGAGCACCUCCGCACUUCCUCGCCCCCCCAAAUCAACCCCAAGCGCCCUCUCCUCGAUGCUCCCCCAGCCUCCCAAAUGCCCCUCGACCCCGUCAACUACCUCGCCGUCGUUGUUGACUCCGUGGCCCCCCUCUUCCGAAUUCGUCAGCAGAAGGGUAUUGCCGGUGGUGGUGCUGCCGUGCAGAUCCCCACGCCGCUUAAUCUGCGCCAGCGCCGUCGUGCCGCGAUUCGUUGGAUCAUUGACGGAUCCGCCAAACGCCGUGACUCGACUUUCUCGCAUCGCGUUGCUGCCGAGGUUGUGGCAGUUGCUGAAGGCCGUAGCAGCGUCUGGGACAAGCGAGACCAGCAGCACAAGAUUGGUAUCUCUGGUCGUGCCAACUUGAGUACCCCCAUGCGUCGCUAG